AUGCAUAAGCUGGCAUUCUACUGUCUCAUUAUUAUCAGCUUCUCCUGUCCUCUCUCAUCUUUCCCUCCAACUCUCAGACUGAAACAGGGACUCAAAGCGAAAGACUUAUCAUAUGCUUGUUUCUGUCAUCUUCCAUAUACAGCUGAUGAAGAUUCAAGAUUAAAUCUGGAGCGGUUGGGCAGCCUAGGAAGCAAUUCCUUGCUUCAGUUUCUGCCAGAUCUCUUGGGCACACUGACUGAAGACAACAAAGCAGGUCUUAGCCCCAGCAGCUACAACCCAAGGGAAAACACCAAAGAGACUUUCUAUGGAAAUCAUCCUCGAAUUGCUUUGCUGGGCCGCUUCUUGACCAAGGAUAGGAAACAGUACAAGAAACGUGGGAACCUUUCCGAGUGCUUCUGGAAAUAUUGCGUGUAA